AUGUCGCGGGCUACGAACGAUGGCAUUCCGGAGGACCAGACGUCGCUGCUGUCUGUUAAAUCAGUCCAGCCUUCCCCGGAUACCGUUACAAAAUUGACGAGGCGCCUGAGGGCCCUCACACUAAGACUUCUGCCAGUGGAGGUCGAUCCGGCAGCGUUGCAAGAGCCUACCAGCAGAAUCAUAACGCUAGAUGUGAUCAAUGCGUACAUUGCUGCUGCCGGAGACUUUGUGGAGGCUCUACCCUACUGCCUCCUACGAGCCCGGAGGGAGUUCAUGUGGGAAGCCAACCAUAAUCCUGCGGACUAUGGGGAGAACUAUGGACGAGCAACGGCAUGCGAGGUCUUAGCACGGAGGAUACUCCAUCAGGCGCCGUCUGACAGACUUAAGUCCAUAAUGUCCACCCGCUUUCGUAUCAUGGAGGCGGAUGGGGAUGUGAGUGAGAUGACUAGUGCAUUGGAGUUGGCUAUCGACUCGCACUGUACAAUAUUCCUGUCAUCGAGCGAAGCGCAAGAGGUCGUCAACGCGGUGUGGACAGGCAGAUGGGUGCAGCAAAACAACGAGGACCAUGAUAUCGACUACGUGGAAUACGAGAAGAAGCGGUCACACAGCCUAUGGGGACAUUUAGAGCCAAUGCGCAUCUCAGUGCCUCGAUAUCAAAAUAUCUUCCGUAUCAUCAUAUGGUUUUUCUUCCUCUUUGUAUACUCGCAGGCCGUACGGGAACCUCUGGACCGACUUGACCCGCAUCAUUCCCGUUUCGACGAGUACGAGUAUAUAUUGUACUUCAUGGCUCUUGCGUUUUCUAUCGAAGAUAUGCACAAGAUUUACAAACUGCUACGCUUUGUGACAUGGCGUGCUUUCGGAUUCUGGAAUUUCGUGUCUUUCGUUACCGACACACUCCUGUGCAUUGCCUUCGUCCUCCGUAUAAGUGGAUUAUUAGCAGCCGGAGAUGAGGCGAGCGCGAAUUUGCGCUUGAGGAGUUUCCAGGUUCUCAGUUUCGUUGCUCCACUUAUAUGGUAUAUGAAUUCCAUCCUCUUCAAGCAGAAAUACGUAGGAAUGAUGCAAAUUUGCGUGGCUCGCAUGCUGCAAGAGUCUGGCAUUUUCUUCGCGCUGCUGUCUGUAUUGGGCCUUGGUUUCGCUCAAGGACUGUACGCCUUGGAUAUGGCAGAUGGACAGAUUGAACACGCAUCCACAGUCGUGAACGUGAUGGUACAAAGCCUGUUGCAGGCCCCGGAUUUCUCCAAUAAUGCAGGCCUGACCCUGUACUACCUCUGGACUGGUGUAACAGUCAUAGUCCUUCUGAACGUUCUCAUCUCUCUCUUCUCGUCCGCUUACGACGAUGUCGUGGAGGACGCAGAGCCCGAGUACCUAGCGUUCUUUGCUGGGAAGACGGUAGGCAUGAUUCGAGCCCCUGACGAGUUCUUAUAUCCUGCACCCUUCAACAUCAUUGAAUUGAUCUUCAUUGCCCCAUUCGAAUCAUUGUUGAGUCAGGAAACGUAUGCCAAGUACAACCGAUUUAUCAUGCGCAUACUUUUCCUGGUACCCUUGACGGUCAUUGCCUUGUACGAGUCUGCUAAUCGUUCAAACAACCACUGGGUACAGGAGUGGUUCGGGCGUGAGGACGACGGGAAUGAUGACGACCCUGCCCAUAAGGACCCUGAAGUUAAUGCGGAUGACGCUGCACAGGGGCUAGAGAUCAGCAGAGUCAAGUUUGAUGACCUCGUCAAGAAGUUCCCGAAUACUAUGCAGUCGAGCGAGGCUUCUAUCCUUCGAGAGAUUCAGGACUUGAAGGACCGGAUAAAUACGCUGAUGAAGGUCCUGGAAGAGAAGAGCGGAUGA